CUUGUCUCUGGCAGGUUGCAGCAGCCCCUAUCGAGGCGAGCCGGCUGGUCAUUGUCCACGCAACACCGCAGAGAGGCUUGUGCAUUGCACCACUUGGAGACAGAUAUACACACAGAGCCAUCUCUCUCCUCCUCCUCUCUCACAUUCUUGCCUCUCCUCCAUCCGGCAGCAUCCUACUCUCGCCUCCACCUCCAGCAACCAUGGCCAGCACCGUAUCAGCCUACUCGGACAAGAUCAAAGAGAUGUCCAUGCUGUCUCUGAUCUGCUCCUGCUUCCACUCACAACCACAUCCCAACAGCCUCUACCAAUAUGGAGACAUGGAGGUGAAGUCCCUAAACAAGCGGGCAUCCGGCCAGGCCUUCGAGGUCAUCCUGAAGGCCCCCGCUGACCUCUCUCCUGACAGGCCCCAGCCGCUGUUCUCUCCCCCUAAGAAGGACCUCUCUCUGGAGGAGCUCCAGCAGAGGCUAGAGGCUGCGGAGGAGAGGAGGAAGUCUCAGGAGGCCCUGCUCCUGAAGCAGCUGGCUGAGAAGCGGGAGCAUGAGCGAGAGGUGCUCCACAAGGCCCUGGAGGAGAACAACAACUUCAGCAAGAUGGCAGAGGAGAAACUCAACUACAAGAUGGAGGUCAACAAAGAGAACCGCGAGGCCCACCUGAAUGCGCUCAAGCAGAGGCUCCGUGAGAAGGAAAUCCAUGCCGAUGAGGUCCGUAGAAACAAGGAACUCCAAGCUGACCUCUCUGGUUGAAGAUAUUUUCUACGGUUUUGUCAAGAGAUUCUCGUCUGGUUUUGGUUGGAAAGAAAUGCUACUUUUUUAAAUCUUGAUGUCUGAAAGUCUCUUGCAUUGUUCAAUAUACACUGGUUUCACAAGCUAAUAAUUCAACAACAACUUACACCGAUUGUUUCUCAUCUCUCAAUUUAUUUAUUUUAAAUAAUAUUGAUAUUGAACACGGGUAGAGCUGAAGUAAGGCCCAAGGUCAAGGGUCAGAUUUACUAAACAUUUGCACCUUUCUUAAGACUGCACCUGUGAGUUCAUACAAGGGAACAAAAUGAAAACAUUUGAAACAUUUCUUCUUUAUCUUAGGAAACCUAUUCCUUCUCUUACCUUUAUUUUACAUUUAAUUUUACAUUUAAGUCGUUGUGUUCGGUUCUGUCUGGAAAAAUAAUCAGUAAAAUUUUACACUUGUGCAAAUGCUUGGUAAGUCGGGCCCUCUGUGUGUGUCAGACCUAAGAAGCUACUGUUAGAUCAUAAUGAUGAAUUUCCCUUAUUGAUCCAAAAACAUAGCUCAAUAGUUACGCUUAAUUCUCAUAGGAAGUCAUGAUUAUGCUGCAUCUGUACUGUGAGCAAACCUGUUACACAAAUUGCCAAAAUGUCUUUCUCUUGAAAAAUGAGCUUGAGGUCUUUACACAAUCCCUCCAUCUAUUGCAUAAGGUACUGUAUAACAGGGGAGCAGAGCCAAGCUAAAUUGAUUCAAGUGUUGCUCUUGCUUGGACCAUGUGUAAAAGGGGUAUCUGAUAAUAUACAAUAUUCAGCACACUCUAUAGGCAAACACUAUAACCUGGUCAUUCAUCAUAUAUAGUCACACCCAUUGUCAGUUUGUGCAGCCAUCUUCAAUCAAGCAUGCAACGUCAAUCAAGUGACUGUAUAAAAUGGAGCACAGUCGCAUUUAGGCUUCAGUUCAAUAAAGUUCAGUAUUCAGUUUGCCGUAUACGUCAGUAAAUGAAUAAGGUUACGAUACAUACGUUUAAACUGCUUUAAGAGUGGGUUCCGGUCUCUUUUAGGUUUAAUUUCCUAGCUACUGAAAUCUCCCACACAGUCUGUUUAUUUCUGAGAAUCACUCAAUUCUGCUGUCACUUUAGGGGACUACAUUUAGUAACAAGAUGACUCCUCUACAGAGUGCCAUAGUUUGUUUGCAGUGAGAUACAGAGCAAUGUGACAGAACUGUUUUAAUGCAAAUUAUAUGCAAAGUGUUUAUUUGAUUUUGUUAUUGGAUUAUGAUGUGAAUGUUGGCAUGUAAUGUAGAGGCAUCAAAUGCUGACACAGCACUGAAUGUAUUGCCAGACACACUUACCCUUCUAGCAGCCUAUAUCUUAAUUUGGUCAUCCUGUUGUUGCAGGAAUUUUCCUGCUUAGCAGGAAAUGCAAACUUGUAGUGUAUUUAAGGUUUGAAAAGGCUUCUAAAGUUUGUAAUUUCCACUUAAAAAUGUCAGUCUUGAUUUACUCUAAUGAGUAAAUGUAACAAACCCUACAAAAAUGUCCAUUCAUUAUAAUCCACAUAAUACUUCACAGUUCUUGUUGCUGCAGGAUCAUUUUCCUGCUGUAGCAAACUGGUUCAAUUUAAGAUCCUACAUCUGUAGGCAACUCGUGCCUGGUUUCCCUAUAGCAGUGUUAUUUGGGAUAAGACUGCUCAGCUUCAGUAGGGUUCUGCUAGGACACAUUCCUUUCAUGCAGGUGCUUGACUUGGUUGGUUGUCGCCAUGUAUUAAGUAACCUUGACACCAUGCCAACUUCUGUUUUUAUUCUCCUUGUCUAAGAUGAGUCCACCAGGCCACCAUGCUUACACAGUACAUACACACACACUGUUGGCCAUUCAUUUAACUUAGAUUCAUUGCAUACAGCGACUCUGUGUGCAUAACUCAAUAGUAUCUCACCUUUAAUAAAAGGUUAACUGGCUGCUGUUGCUGGAAUAUAAAGUCUGAUGAACUAUAAUAAAGUUGGUGAUACCUUAUUUUGUCAUUUA